AUGGGAUCCACAGCAAACUCGCCCUCCAGGAGCAAGUAUAAAGUGACUCUUCAGCGCACUCUCUUCUCUUCUGCUUCAACCUUCUCAGCACUUCCUCGCAGCGACUUCAGCGACUUCUACACAUUUUCAAGAACGAAUCAGCGCCUCUCCGCCUUCAGCAGCGGCGACAACAGAGACGCCAGUAUACCCACUACACCAGCAUACACGCGACCCAUCCUCAACACCAUGUCUACCAUCACGAGCUUGUCUUCUUCAUUCUCAAGAAGCAAUGCGAGCACUCUCAGUGCCAGUGACUCCUCCGUUCAUGGUCUGCGCGACCAGAUCUUUGGUACGUCCGAUUCCUCAACACUCAUUCAAAUCAUCUUGCUGACUUACUACAGCCAACGCUGCCGUUGCAUACCCGCACAUCAUCGCCACAAGCGACACACCUGACAAGGCCUUCAACAUCGUAAGUCUCUAGCUCUCACCUGUCACCAAAUAGCAAUCCUAACUCCACUCGUCCGCAGGUCGUCCUCAGCGACAAUGUGUCGGGAGAGAAGCAUGCCAAACUCCUUCAGAACAAGGCGACAUACCAUGCCAUCGUGGCAACCGGUACUCCCUCUGGAACCGUGGAGCAGGCUCUACGUGCUCUACUCGAGGUCACCAGCCAAGUCUUGGGCUGGUACUCGGACACCUUGCUAGGAGAGAUUGAGCACGCCGAGGACUGCGCUGGUGGAGCCGUCGACUUCCUCAUGGUCGAGCAGGGCUUCCACUUCGCUGCCGAGCAGCGUACCUUGAACGGUGAGUGA